AUGCAGCGUUCCGCGUGGCCCUGGUGUGUGGGGGCAACGGCCGCGGUAGCAUCAGCCUGGCGCUCGGCGCGUGUGGCAGUAGCGCGUGUGGCAGUAGCGCGUGUGGCAGUAGCGCGUGUGGCAGUAGCGCGUGUGGCAGUAGCGCGUGUGGCAGUAACGCGUGUGGCAGUAGCGCGUGUGGCAGUAGCGCGUGUGGCAGUAGCGCGUGUGGCAGUAGCGCGUGUGGCAGUAGCGCGUGUGGCAGUAGCGCGUGUGGCAGUAGCGCGUGUGGCAGUAGCGCGUGUGGCAGUAGCGCGUCACGUGUGGCAGCAGUGCAUGUGUGGCAUACAAGCUGACAGUCACCACGCCCAAGGACAUGCCGCCCUCAACAUCACACUCACGCUCUCCCCAUUCCCCUUCACCCCCAUCCCCAUGUGCAGCACGUGUGGCAGCAGUGCGUGCGUGGCAUACAAGCUGACAGCCACAACACCCAAGGACACGCCACCCUCGCAGCUGUCCCUGCUCGCGCCCGCCAACAGCAGUGCCACCAGCGGGGGCGGUGCAGCACCCCCUUGCGCACAGGGCACGUGCCCGUUCCCCAUCCUCCCAGACGCCAUCACCUGGAGGAAGCCUGCUGCCGCCACCCCCACUCUCUGGGAAGCCAGCGCACCUCCCUCCUCCCCUUCCCCUCCUCCUCCUUCCCCUCCUCCUCCCACUCCUCCCUCUCCUCCUCCUCCCUCUCCUCCCCCUCCCUCUCCUCCCCCUCCCUCUCCUCCCCCUCUCUCUCCUCCUCCCCCCUCUCCUCCAUCUCCCUCCCCUCCCCUCGAACCCUCAGUCUCCCCGCUCCUGUCCCCCCCACUCGCCUCGCCUCCUGACGCCCCUGCUUCCCCUCCCCCUGACCCCCUUGUCUCCCCUCCUCCUGACUCCCCCUCCGGGAAUGGCAUCUCCUCCCCCCCUGACCCCCCUUCUUCCCCUCCUCCUGACUCCAGUGGUGCAGCACUAGCGUCCCUUCGCACUGGGGGGGAGAACGGAGGCUGUGUGGGGGGAGGGGCGAGUGGGGGUGGGGGAACUGGGUCAGGUGGGAGUGUGGCACAAUCCUGGCCGUUGAUCGCGAUGGAGUAUGACGAGAUGUCGAGCAGUCCAGGUGGCGCGCAGGGAUUGGCCGUUGGGGAUUUUGCAGGGAGCACGAUUGCUGCCUUUGGUACGCGCUGCUCUCUCCUCUCCUCCACUCAUCUCUUCUCUCGUCUGCUCUCCUUCUUUCACUCUCCAGCACCUUCCUGUGUCGUCCUGCACUCUCUUGUGCUCCCGUGCCUUUCCUUGCACCGUGCAUCAGCCCCGUUGCCAGCAGUGACGUCCCCCCAAUUCGCCAUCAACCUCACCGACCCCAUGCCGGGCGGCGCUCACAUCAGGGUCGACAGCCUGUACGUCUCUCGUCCGCUCGUUCUCCCUCUCCCUCCCUGCUCUACUCUCUCGUUCUCCCUCUCCCUCCCUGCUCUACUCUCUCGUUCUCCCUCUCCCUCCGUGCUCUACUCUCUCGUUCUCCCUCUCCCUCCCUGCUCUACUCUCUCGUUCUCCCUCUCCCUCCCUGCUCUACUCUCUCGUUCUCCCUCUCCCUCCCUCCUCUACUCGCUCGUUCCGAGUGGAACACGCAUGCCUCAAUCCACGGCCAGCUUCUACCGCAUCUCCUAUACAAUCAUCCUUGUUGCACCAGAUAACGACCCUCAGUCUGCUGCCCUCCUGCACUCCGUGAGAUACCGAUAG